AAACCUUCUCACAAAUUCCAUGCUCCACUGAGGUGUGAGUGAAGGGCAACAAAACAAUAAAGACAAAAGGGACCCUUCACGCAUUGUCGACAGCCAUGAAGAACAACAAGUCCUUGAAACCAGAGAAACAAACUACUCCAACACACUAAACACUCACUCACUCCGUUUCUGGUUUUUCAGUGUUCCAAGAGGCAAGCCUUGGACUUUUCUUGGGGCUUCUUCUCCCUUUUUCUUCAAUUCCAAAACCCACCAAGGAAUCAGCGUUUCCUCGUUUCUGUUGCUUGUUCUCCUUCGUGCUUUCACAUGGUUUUGUAGGGUUCCCCUGUAACUGCUUCUUUGUUUUCUUUCUCAAUUUGUGGAAAAUCUGUUACCCUUUUCAUCAUUUACUGUAAUGAAAACGUUGAAGUUGCUCUGAACGUGAGUUGUGCAGGUUCUUAUCUGUUUCUCGUUUUCUUCUUUGUUUGUCCUGUUAUGCUUUCCCUUAUAGGAUCUAUAUAAAUCAGUUGCAGAGUGUUCUUAGUUUUGCUGUGUGUUUUGCUUUGAACUUGUGUUUUAUAAUUCCUCAUUCCUUUUCCAUAUUAGCUUCUUCAUUAGUUUUGUUGUUGUUACAUGGUAACUUCUUCACCCUUGCCAUACUUCUCCAUGAUGUCACUUUCUCCUACAACCUUAGGAUCCCCAAACCCCUGGCUUAGAGAGCUGAAAUCUGAGGAAAGGGGUUUGUACUUAAUCCAUUUGUUGCUAACUUGUGCAAACCAUGUUGCUGCUGGUAGUCUUGAAAAUGCAAACACCACACUUGAGCAGAUUUCCAUGCUUGCUUCCCCUGAUGGGGACACUAUGCAGCGAAUCGCAGCGUAUUUCACUGAAGCGCUUGCCGACCGGAUACUUAAAACCUGGCCUGGGCUUCAUAGAGCCCUCAACUCAACUAGGAUGAUCUUGGUUUCUGAGGAAAUUCUUGUCCAGAAGCUCUUCUUUGAGCUUUUUCCUUUCCUGAAGGUGGGAUUUAUUCUGACUAAUCAGGCUAUCAUUGAAGCAAUGGAAGGAGAGAAGAUGAUUCAUAUAAUUGAUCUCAAUGCUGCUGAAUCUUCUCAGUGGAUUGCUCUCCUCCAGAUAUUGAGCGCGCGUCCUGAAGGCCCUCCUCAUUUGCGAAUCACCGGGGUUAAUCAGAAGAAAGAGGUUUUGGAUCAGAUAGCUCAUAAACUUAUUGAAGAAGCUGAAAAGUUGGAUAUACCAUUCCAGUUCAAUCCUGUGGUUAGCAAAUUAGAAAACCUUGAUUUCGACAAACUUCGUGUGAAAACUGGGGAGGCACUAGCAAUAAGCUCUAUUCUCCAAUUGCAUUCUCUUCUGGCAUGGGAUGAUGAAGCAGUGCAGAGAAAAUCUCCUCUUCUGUCAAGAAGCUCAAAAGACAUGGUUAAUGGUUAUAACCCUAGUCCGGACUCAACCUCAUCAUCACCAGCAUCUUUAGCCAAUUCAAAUUCAAUGAAUAUGGAGAGUUUUCUUAAUGCGUUAUGGGGAUUAUCACCAAAGGUCAUGGUUGUGACAGAACAAGACUCCAAUCAUAAUGGUUCCACUCUGAUGGAGAGGCUGCUAGAAUCUCUGUAUUCUUAUGCAGCAUUGUUUGAUUGUUUGGAAUCCACUGUCCCAAGAACCUCCUUGGAGAGAAUAAAGGUGGAGAAGAUGCAUUUUGGUGAGGAAAUCAAGAACAUCAUUGCGUGUGAGGGAUUUGAAAGAAAGGAGAGGCAUGAAAAGCUGGAAAAAUGGUUCCAGAGAUUUGAUUCAGCUGGGUUUGGUAAUGUGCCUUUAAGCUAUUUUGGGAUGUUGCAAGCAAGGAGGUUACUUCAAAGCUAUGGUUGUGAGGGAUAUAGAAUGAGGGAAGAAAAUGGUUGUGUAGCAAUUUGCUGGCAGGAUCGGUCAUUGUUUUCAAUAUCAGCUUGGAGAUCUAUGAAGUAAGAUAGAAUUAGAAGCCAGAAUUAGAAGGGUAAAAAAUUAUAGGGAUUAAGUGUUUGGUGGUCUUUUUCUUUCAUCUUUUUUCUUUUUAUGAAGUGCCUUGUCUUUAUGGUAAUGAUUAUUUAUCUAGAUCAGUUUUUAGAUAUACUCAUAUUGCCUUGUAAAACCCCAUGAUGAAAGAAAAUUUGGAAUGACAAAAAGAGGAAGGGGAACAGAAAAAAAUAGAACAUGUAAUUCAGGUUCUAUUUACAGUUUCAUUGUUUACUAUUGAUCUAUGGUUAAUUUUAUAAACUUCUAUACCUUCACUUGUAUUUAGUA